AUGCUGACUAGAAGAUCUACGAAAGAGGAUACUAAGACUAUUGUAUUCGGUAGCGUGAUAGCUACUGGUGCACUAGCUGUUAUUGUGUUUAUCGUCGUAAUUUGCUGGCAAAUUAGGCGAAAAGCGGCGGACUAUGCAGAUGAGGAGAGUAUAGACUACAACCAGACAAGUCCGAAUCAUGCACCUUCCUCUUCUGUCGAAGACAAACAGCGAAGGACUUCAUACAAUUCUAGUCGCUCUAGUGGUAGCUCUUUCUUCAAUAACUCGAGUUCCUGGUUUGAUAGAGAUUUCAGCCAGCUUAUGAACAAAGAUGGUAAUGUAAGUAAAGGCGUACGUUUCAGCGAAAAGUUAGAAUAUGUUAACGACGAUGGUGACUCGCCACUAUCGGAAGAAAAUACUCAUAGGUGGUCAUUUGAGCCAGAUACAAGGAGCUCAUUGGCAUAUUUGAAUCAUUUGCCUCAUAGACCCAAGCCCGUCGCCAAGCAGAACCAUUUGACUUUGAUGAUAGACAAAGAUGUCGUACAAGAUGUUCUACCAGGUUAUUACAAAGAUGAAGAUAGCGUAUACAAUAUCUAUCACGAAAGAUGUAAGAGUUUGAAAUGAUUUCAUCUGUUAAUGAAGAUUGUUUUGGAUCAUGCCAUUAUGCCGAGUAACUAUCCAAUAUUGAUUUUGCAACCGGCGAGUGCAUAUGAAUAUGCAGUAUGAACAAAACAGAAGAGACUCAUGAUAUUUGACUAUACAGAUAAUGUACUUUAUGACGUUUUAAUUUAUUUUAUUAUUCGC